AUGGAGAAGGGCAAUGCAGGGGCAGCGAGCAGCGUGGCAAAGAAAGCUGCGAAGAGAGCAGCAGAGGGGGAGGACAGUGAGGAGGAUGAGGGGGAGGACAGUGAGGAGGAUGAGGGGGAGGACAGUGAGGAGGAUGAGGGGGAGGACAGUGAGGAGGAUGAGGGGGAGGGGGAGAAGGAUGAGGAGGGAGAGGAGGGUGCGGAGGAUGGGGAUGGGGAUGGGGAUGGGGAUGGGGGCGAGUCUGGGGAGGAGGAUGAGGAGGAGGAAGCAGAUGGUAGCAAGGAAGCAGAUGGUAGCAAGGAAGCAGAUGGUAGCAAGGAUGCAGAUGGUAGCAAGGAUGCAGAUGGUAGCAAGGAUGCAGAUGGUAGCAAGGAUGCAGAUGGUAGCAAGGAUGCAGAUGGUAGCAAGGAUGCAGAUGGUAGCAAGGAUGCAGAUGGUAGCAAGGAUGCAGAUGGUAGCAAGGAUGCAGAUGGUAGCAAGGAUGCAGAUGGUAGCAAGGAUGCAGAUGGUAGCAAGGAUGCAGAUGGUAGCAAGGAUGCAGAUGGUAGCAAGGAUGUAGAGAAAGCUGAUGGAACAGUGGAUGGUGCCGAUACUAAGAAAGAUGACAACACGUGA